AUGUCGGGGAAAAGACUUAGAAUGGAGGGGAAUGUUGUUGGCCGGAGAGGGGGAAAUGCAGAACUAAGUAAUGUGGAGUUAGCGGAAUCUCGCGUGGGUGGGCAAGAGAGUGUUACGGUUCCAGCGUCCUUUAUGGUCAAGCGUGAACCUCACAUAGCUUUGGCUAAGAGUGCUCUGCGCACAUCGAGUAUUAGAAUUGUUAAGAUUGUAGAAAAAUCAGACCAAUUUAUCCAUGCGAUUGUUGGAGAGGGUGGUGAGGAUCCGUUUCAUUUAUUGGUGGUGUACGCGGCUCCAACUAUUAGUCGGAGGAGCGGGUUGUGGGAUAAGUUGAAAGAUGUGUUAUGUGGGAUUGACGAGCCCGUGCUGGUUGGCGGGGACUUCAAUACAAUCUUACGUUUGGAUGAGCGGACGGGAGGCAAUGGUCGGCUGUCUUUAGACUCUCUAGCGUUUGGUGAUUGGAUAAGUGAUACCUCUUUAAUUGAUAUGGGUUUUAGAGGUAAUAAUUAUACUUGGAGGAGAGGGCGUGUUCUGAGUACUUAUAUCGCAAAACGGCUUGACAGGGUUAUGUGUAAUGCGGCCAUGAGGCUGAAAUGGCAAGAGGCUUCAGUGACUCAUCUUCUUUUUUUGGCCUCGGAUCAUCCCCCUCUAUAUGUUCAGCUAUGUCCGACAGUGGAAGGCAAUCCAAAACAAAGACCCUUUCGUUUUGAGGCGGCUUGGUUAAAGCAUGAUAGCUUCAAGGAAAUGUUGGAGAACUCCUGGAAUAACCAACUUUCGACCCCGGAAGCAUUCGAAAGAAACACUCGCUUAUUUCACACAUCAACUAUUAUUAGGAGAAGACGUAAUCGAAUUGAUAUGCUAAAGAAUGAAGAUGGAGAGUGCAGAUACACAAGAGCUUGA